ACGCCGGCGUCAGUACCCUGGGGCGGGGCCAAGACGACGAGCGCGUGGAGCGCGAGGACUCGUCGGUGAGGCGCGGGCGCUCGGUGGUGCCGGCGUCCGCUCUGCCUGGACCCAACCCGCUUUCCAAGGCGCCUCCGCCUUGCAGUCGCGCCUGCGCGGCGACCCGGGUCGAGCGGGCCGCGCUGGCCGCCAUGGCGCACCGCUGCCUGCUGCUGUGGGGCCGGGGUGGCUGCCGGCCCCGCGGCCUCCCGCCGCUCCUCUGGCCUGGCGGCGGCGUGGGCCCCAGCGAGCGGCUCCGCCUCCGCACGCUUUAUCAAUAUGUGACAACUCAAGCAACAGCCAGGAGAAAUUCUUUUUUGACAGAUGUAAUUGCUGCUUAUCAGAGACUGUGUUCUCGACCUCCAAAAGGAUUUGAAAAAUAUUUUCCUGAUGGAAAAAAUGGGAAAAAAACUAGUGAACCUAAAGAAGUUAUAGGAGAAAAAAAAGAAUCAAAAUCACCUUCUACCCCACGCUCUGCUGGAGGAGGAAGUGGUGGAAAACGAGGUGGCAAGAAAGAUGAUUCUCACUGGUGGUCCAGGUUCCAGAAGGGUGAUUUUCCGUGGGAUGACAAGGACUUCAGGAUGUACUUUCUCUGGACUGCACUGUUUUGGGGUGGAAUCAUGUUUUACUUCCUGUUCAAGAGCUCGGGGAGAGAAAUUACUUGGAAGGACUUUGUCAAUAAUUAUCUUUCUAAAGGAGUAGUAGACAGACUGGAAGUUGUCAACAAGCGUUUUGUUCGAGUGACUUUUACACCAGGAAAAACUCCUGUUGAUGGGCGAUACGUCUGGUUUAAUAUCGGCAGUGUAGAUACCUUUGAGCGGAAUCUGGAAACUUUACAACAAGAAUUGGGCAUAGAAGGGGAAAAUAGGGUGCCUGUUGUCUACAUUGCUGAAAGUGAUGGGUCAUUCGUCCUGAGUAUGCUGCCCACGGCGCUCAUCAUCGCCUUCCUGCUAUACACCGUGAGACGGGGGCCCGCUGGCAUUGGGCGGUCCGGCCGAGGGAUGGGUGGACUUUUCAGUGUUGGAGAAACCACUGCCAAGGUCUUAAAGGAUGAGAUAGACGUGAAGUUCAAAGAUGUGGCUGGCUGUGAGGAGGCCAAGCUAGAGAUCAUGGAAUUUGUGAACUUCUUGAAAAACCCAAAGCAGUAUCAAGACUUAGGAGCAAAAAUCCCAAAGGGUGCCAUUCUCACUGGUCCUCCAGGCACUGGGAAGACUCUCCUGGCUAAGGCCACAGCCGGAGAAGCCAAUGUUCCCUUCAUCACUGUCAGUGGCUCUGAGUUUUUGGAGAUGUUUGUUGGUGUGGGUCCAGCUAGGGUUAGAGACUUAUUUGCCCUUGCUCGGAAGAAUGCCCCUUGUAUUCUCUUCAUCGAUGAAAUAGAUGCGGUGGGGAGGAAGCGAGGAAGAGGCAACUUUGGAGGACAGAGUGAACAGGAGAACACCCUCAAUCAAUUGCUUGUGGAGAUGGAUGGCUUUAACACGACGACCAAUGUUGUCAUCCUGGCAGGCACCAACAGGCCAGACAUCCUGGACCCUGCGCUGCUGCGGCCGGGGCGCUUCGACAGGCAGAUCUUCAUUGGACCACCAGACAUAAAAGGAAGAGCCUCCAUUUUCAAAGUUCAUCUCCGACCACUAAAACUGGACAGUAGCCUGGAGAAGGAGAAACUGGCAAGAAAACUGGCGUCCUUAACUCCAGGGUUUUCAGGAGCUGAUGUUGCUAAUGUCUGCAAUGAAGCUGCUUUGAUUGCUGCAAGGCACCUGUCGGACUCCAUAAAUGAGAAACACUUUGAACAAGCAAUCGAGCGAGUGAUUGGUGGCUUAGAGAAAAAAACUCAGGUUCUACAGCCCGAGGAGAAGAAGACCGUGGCAUACCAUGAAGCAGGACAUGCGGUUGCUGGCUGGUACCUGGAGCAUGCGGACCCGCUCUUAAAGGUAUCCAUCAUCCCACGUGGAAAAGGGUUAGGCUAUGCGCAGUACCUCCCCAAAGAACAGUACCUGUACACCAAGGAGCAGCUCCUGGACAGGAUGUGCAUGACGCUAGGGGGCCGGGUCUCAGAAGAGAUCUUCUUCGGAAGAAUUACAACUGGUGCUCAAGAUGACUUGAGAAAAGUGACACAGAGUGCAUAUGCUCAAAUCGUUCAGUUUGGCAUGAAUGAAAAGGUUGGGCAAAUCUCCUUCGACCUCCCACGCCAGGGAGACAUGGUGUUGGAGAAACCUUAUAGUGAAGCCACCGCAAGACUGAUAGAUGAUGAAGUGCGAAUCCUCAUCAAUGACGCUUACAAAAGAACAGUAGCUCUUCUCACAGAAAAGAAGGCUGACGUGGAGAAGGUUGCUCUUCUAUUGUUAGAAAAAGAAGUAUUAGAUAAGAAUGAUAUGGUUGAACUUUUGGGCCCCAGACCAUUUGCGGAAAAAUCUACCUAUGAAGAAUUUGUGGAGGGGACAGGCAGCCUGGACGAGGACACCUCACUUCCUGAAGGCCUGAAGGACUGGAACAAAGAGCGGGAGAAGGAGAAGGAAGAGCCCCCCGGGGAGAAAGUCGCCAACUAGGUCCACAGAGGGAGGGCCGCUGAAGCCUGUCCUGCUGACUUCAGCUUGCACACAUGUCCUGGCUUUCAGAAGAGUGAGAGCACUGCUAGGUGGACUUUAGCCAACUACUGACCCAGCUGACCUGAUGGGGAGAGGAGUCCUUGACCCUCAGCCUUGGAAGUCGCAGAAGAAUGGCAGGGGACGUUCCAAGGGUCCCAAGGAAGACUCACAGAGCCCCAUAGCCUCACUGGGCUCCCAGAUGGCGGCUGGAAUGGUGGAGCCCAGCACCAGGAAGGCUGGUCCCCGUGGCCCAGCUGGAGGUGUGAGGGCUAGUCAGGGACGUGGACUCCCACCAGUGUGGGAGGGCGUUUUUUCUCUUUUCAUCACCCACUCUUUGUUGCUGUUCUCUUCAGUUUCCCUCUGCUAAUGGGCUGUGAAAUUAAAUCGGAGUGUGGAUAAGAAUGUUUUAAUUUGACUUAAUAUUUUAAAGAUCAAAUCCAGAUCACUUGUUGCUGUCUUAAUGGUUUUCUACAGAGAACUGUAACAUAUUUAAACAUGAAUGUAUUAUGUAAAUAUGGCUUCUUUACAUCAAAAAUAAAAUGUAAACACUG